AUGGAGCACAACCACCUUCACCUCCACCUCCACAACGGCUCCCUCCUGGCGCACCAGCGCUAUGGCUGCGGCUUGGGAUACGCACCUGUCGUCUACUACAGCCUGCUGCUCUGCCUCGGGCUGCCGGCAAACAUCUUGACAGUCAUCAUCCUUUCCCAGCUGGUGGCUCGCCGGCAGAAGUCCUCCUAUAACUAUUUGUUAGCUCUAGCUGCUGCUGACAUCCUGGUUCUCUUCUUCAUCGUCUUUGUUGACUUCCUCAUGGAAGACUUCAUCUUAAACAAACAGAUGCCUCAGGUACUGGACAAAAUAAUUGAGGUAUUGGAAUUUUCUUCCAUCCACACCUCCAUUUGGAUUACGGUUCCUCUGACAAUUGAUAGGUAUAUAGCUGUGUGCCAUCCGCUGAAGUACCACACAGUGUCCUACCCUGCUCGUACUAGAAAGGUCAUUGUAAGUGUCUAUAUCACCUGCUUUUUGACCAGCAUCCCCUACUACUGGUGGCCCAACAUUUGGAUCGAAGACUACAUAAGCACAUCGAUGCAUCACGUCCUCAUCUGGAUCCACUGCUUUACUGUUUACUUAGUGCCCUGCUCCAUCUUCUUUAUCCUGAAUUCCAUCAUUGUGUACAAGCUGCGGCGAAAGAGCAACUUCCGACUGCGAGGGUACUCCACGGGGAAAACAACAGCCAUUUUGUUUACUAUAACUUCUAUUUUUGCCAUACUUUGGGCACCAAGAGUAAUCAUGAUACUGUAUCACCUCUAUGUGUCACCCAUAAACAACAGCUGGGUGGUGCAUAUUGUGUCGGACAUCGCCAACAUGCUCGCGCUGCUGAACACUGCAAUUAAUUUCUUCCUCUACUGUUUCAUUAGCAAAAGAUUUCGCACAAUGGCAGCUGCCACGCUGAAAGCCUUCUUUAAAUGUCAGAAGCAACCUGUACAAUUCUAUACAAACCAUAACUUUUCCAUAACAAGCAGCCCUUGGAUUUCCCCAGCCAACUCUCACUGCAUCAAAAUGCUUGUUUACCAGUAUGAUAAGAAUGGAAAGCCUAUAAAAAUAUCACCGUGAGAAGGGCGAGAGAGUUUCUGGGUGCAAGUUCUUUUCAAGUGGUUACAUCCCCAGGAUGUCAUUUGUUGAAAUGGCUGUUUCAAAGAGGGGUUCUUUGAUUUCAUUUCCCUGGGAGAUAGAGGGCAGAUCAGACUGUAAGGAGGGAACAGGAGCACUUGAUUUGAGGAGGAAAAGCGAGAAGGCAGGCGCCUCUGUCUCUUACACAGCCUUUUGAAUAUGCUUCAGAGUUCAAGUCUUAGUGUUUAGUCGCACUCAAACAUUUUGCAUUCCAGCACCAGUGCGGUCCAAAGUCAUUGGAGGGAGAAAGCCACAGCAGUGUUGAAUGACAACUUUUUAAAACACAAUGAUAAAACCUUACUUGACCAUGCAGUUCCCUGUCCAUGGAGCCAACAGAUGCUUUUACGCACUGCGGAAGGUGCCGUUUCUGGUGUGCGCACUUGCCAAAAACGAUGUGUUGUUUCUGACAUGAAAUACCAUCACACACAGUCUUUCUUGCUGUCAAGAGCUCAUUGCAGGAGGCAGUCUGCGGGACACGAACUGUGACAAGCCCUUUUUUGGCUCAUUUGAGCAAGGCUUGAGGACCAAUGUAGUACCUGUUGCAGCCUUGGCAUGGAAAGCAGUCCUGCAAGCUGCCAAUAUUCAUGGUUUAAGCUAUUAUUUAAGAACGCGACCAAGACAGGGGAGCUCAAGGGAGAGAGGGAGGUUUCUAGAGCCAAGAACAAAAGCAGCAUCUUUUUCCAGCUAUUUCAGUUAUAGCAGCUAAAGAGGCCAAGUCCUGAUGCAGAGCUCCCACUGCAGCUGCUCCUGCAAGGGUUGGAGUGAUCACAGGCUUUAGGUUCUUUUGUAAUCAGUAAAGAUUCUCAGUUAUCCCCCGUGUUCAGAGAUUAACACAUAAAAACCUCAACCUGUGAUCUUCUGAUGGAUGAUGCCAUUCUGUUGUAAAUCUGCCAUUUAACUGUUAAAAAAAAUUUACCCUGUUUGUGAAAGAAACCCACUGAAUACCAAACAGCUGUAAAAGCAUAGAUCAGCCUGGACUAAGGCUUUUAAAUAUUUACCUUAUUUAAAAUAUUCUCUUCCUUCACAUUUCAUAGCCAGCAUCCCAGGAAUGCUGAGUGUAGAGAAUGAGAGAAGAUAUUUUAGAGGAAGGCUGAAAAUGCAUUUCUUUUCAUUUCUAGCCUUGUCAGAUCUUAGCAUUUGGUAUCUCAGAGCCACAUACCAGAAUGUUUUUACUUCUGUAUUGGGCACUUAAUGCAGCCUUACUGAAUGUGAGAGCAGAGACUUCCUUGCAUGGUGAACACAAGCACAAUGUGGUCAGUAGACACAGCAACUUCUCAGUAACUGCAAAUAAGAAGUAGCCUGGUGCUAGUACUGCAUUUGUGCCUGUAUCCAUCUGCACUGCCAGCAGAAAGCUUGUGGUGCAUCAGGGACUGAUGUAGCAAGGUAAUCUGAGAAUGGAUCCAGUAAAUCCCGCUUUGGUGGGAUCCGAGGGCUGAAAGCAUCUCCCAAAAACCCAGGAUGACUCAGCUUUGGUGCAUUUCCCCUAAGAAAUACCAAGUCUGCAAAAGUCCUUCUGAGGAAACAGCCUGGUUCCCUUCUGCCACAAAGGUUGCAUUUGUGCACCGACUUGUAGUGGUGCUCUGCAAGAGCAAAACCCAUGCCAAACCUGAGCAUGCCUUCCCUUGGAGGGACAGCAGCAGAAGGUGCAAGCCAUGAAGACUGGAACGCCAGGCAAAGGCUGGCUUGUGUGUGGAGGCACUUUCUCAGGAGAGAUCAAGGCUACUCAGGUUGGUCAGGAGCACAGAGACAGGAUGCCCAGCACCUCGAUGUGCACACACCACCCAGUCCUGUCCCACUAGCAGAGCAGCAGGAAUCGCUGCUCAGCACUCCUCUGCGAGGUGCUGGAGCACCCCCAGGACCACUCUGGUUAGAACAAGGAGAGGGCAAUGUCUCAGGAAAGGGGGAGCUGAGAGCAAAAGCUGACCCUUCCCACCCUCCCUGGAUUCAAAGGGAAAUGAGGAGCCCCCUCAAUCCUAUAGACUGUCCCUGUGAUCUCAACAAAGCUUCACACUUACUUGCAAUAACACAGCCUAAGAGAGAUGCUCAGCCUUGCCGUUUGUCACGGCAAGGUUAAAAUGAUUGCUCCCUUUACCGCUGUUUUACAGAGAUCGUUUUGUGGCCAUGCCUUCUACCCUCCUCUCAGAAACCUCUCUCUGGUCUUUGUCAGUUGAUAGUAACCAAAGUUACCUUCUGAAAAAGGGUACUGUACGCUCUGUUUUGAGGAAAACACUGUAUUUAUAACUUAUUUUUAUUCUCACUUUGUUAUGAGGAAUGCUUGUCCGAGUUACCUGUGAAUGAGUCUAAAGUGCAAUAUCUAUGUAGAUAAGUGGUUCAUUUUGGAG